AUGGAGUCUAGCAUGGUGGAAAUGAUCGUCUGCGUGGAAAGUCUGUGCAAAUUUCUGAAUAAAGAUGAUAUGAUACAUUUUUUCACUGAAACCGUCUACAAGGAGGCUUCGAAUCCACUGCGAACGAAGGGGCACUUAGAAGUGCAAAUUAUCGUGGAUGGCGUGGGUCUCAAUAAACUCGAGCAGCCCUUCGGAAUCGAACGAGCAGCACUCAACCGGCUUUUUGGUAUCGUGAGUCCUGAUAUGCAACUCUGUAGCUCUCAAGUCGUUCUUUCAUGGCCAACCUUGCCAUUGACAUUGCGAAGAGUAUGCUGA